AUGUACCACCUCCUCAAAGGUCUCCAUGAAUAUCUUACAAGAAAGGAGGAAUUCUCUGUCAUCAUCAUCGGUCUCGACGGUGCAGGCAAGACGACACUACUUGAGAAGAUAAAGACGCUCUACAAUGAUACACCUGGUCUACCUCCUGACAAGAUUGCACCGACUGUUGGCCAGAACACUGGAAAGAUCACUCUGCCUUCAACCAUCUUGCAAUUCUGGGAUCUUGGCGGACAACGUGGUAUUCGCUCCAUCUGGCCACGCUACUACGACGACUGCCAUGCCGUCGCCUUCGUGAUUGACGCAGAAGACAGGGAGCGACUCGGUGAGGGGUGGGACGUCUUCGAUAGCGUUCUUUCCGCGCCCCAGAUCCUCGGAGUUCCUCUCUUGCUUCUCGCCAACAAGCAGGAUUCACCGCACAGUCUUAGCGUGGAGGAGAUUCGCCAAGACUACGAGGCAUGGCACCAACGAAAGAUUGAGAGCGCCCGGCGCGGGUAUGGCGGCUCUGCGGACGAACAUGAAGUUAGGCGAGAGCGUAUAGCCAGCCUCGAUGUCAUGGGCAUCUCUGCCCUUGCAGGGACCGGCGUCAGUGAAGCCGUUGAUUGGCUAUUUGUGCGCGUACAGAACAGCAAGAGAAAGGACGAGCAGUAG